UUAUUUGAAUCACAAAUUCGAACAAAUAAAAAAAAACACACAAAUUAUCCAAUUGAUUGGUGAACAACUACACCAACCAUGCUAUCGAUUGCCCAAAAAUGGCACUUAUCAUCACAUCCCCUUCCAAAAAUCUCAAGUGUUCUCAACCCCUCCGGCGAAAUUAAGCGCACCGUGCUGACGCCGGAGGGGCGGACGAAGCUGAACCCGUUGCCCGACCGAGAAUUCUACGCGUCCCCGCGGUUCGUGAAGCACGUGGACGAAAAAUUCAUAUCGAACCUGAGGGAUCUCUACGGCCAGAUUCUGAGACCCGAGAUGGAGAUUCUGGACCUCUGCAGCUCCUGGGUGAGCCAUCUGCCCGACGAGGUCGUGUACGAGAGAGUCGUGGGGCACGGGCUCAACGCACAGGAGCUCGCCAGGAACCCGAGGCUCAGUUACUUCUUCGUCAAGGACUUGAACAAGGAUCAGAAGCUGGAAAUGGAGGAUUCCACAUUUCAUGCGGUUUUGUGCACGGUUAGUGUGCAGUAUCUGCAGGAGCCGGAGAAGGUAUUUGCGGAGGUGUAUCGAGUGCUGAGGCCGGGCGGGGUGUUUAUAGUGAGCUUUAGUAACAGGCUAUUCUACGAGAAGGCGAUUGCAGCGUGGCGCGAUGGGACAGGGUAUAGCCGGGUGCAGCUGGUGGUGCAAUACUUCCAAUGCGUGGAGGGCUUCACCCAACCUCAAGUUAUUCGAAAACUGCCAAAUGCAGAACAGGGCAACUCCUUUUUCAGCCAAAUUGCAGGCAUCUUUGGGUUGUUAUCUGGAUCAGAUCCUUUCUAUGCAGUCAUAGCUUAUAAAAAUUUCAAACCUAUAUAUGAAUGACAACUUGUUUGAUUGGAAUAAAAGUUGUGUUGGUGUGCAA